CCAGAACCGGCGCUGCGGAGGAGAGACACUGCGGACCGGGGCUCAAUCGGACAGCGCUACUCAAACAUGACAACCACUAAUGGGACCAUUGAGAAUGGGCAACUGGACAAGAAGCCACCAGUGCUGCCCCGGCCACUCAGCAACCUGGAGGUCCAGCACUGCAAGAUAUUUAUUAACAAUGAGUGGCACCAAUCGGUGAGCGGCAGAACAUUUCCCGUAUACAACCCGGCCACUGGUAAAGAGAUUUGUGAGGUGGAGGAAGGGGAUAAGGAAGACGUUGAUAAAGCAGUGAAAGCGGCUAGGGCUGCAUUCCAGAGGGGGUCUCCAUGGAGGAGACUGGAUGCCACCGGUAGAGGCAGACUUCUUCACAAGCUCAGUGACCUCAUCGAGCGGGACAGAAUCAUUCUGGCUACUCUGGAAACAAUGGACACCGGGAAACCUUUCCUGCACGCCUUUUUGGUGGACCUGGAGGGCUGCAUCAGGACUCUGCGGUACUUUGCUGGCUGGGCUGACAAAAUACAGGGCAAGACGGUCCCUGUAGAUGACAGUUUUCUCUGCUACACUGUACAUGAACCCAUUGGUACAUGUGGAGCCAUCACACCUUGGAACUUCCCUCUGCUCAUGCUGAUCUGGAAGAUGGCUCCAGCUCUUUGCUGUGGGAACACACUGGUUAUAAAGCCGGCAGAGCAGACACCUCUCACAUCUCUCUACAUGGGAUCAUUAAUCAAAGAGGCUGGCUUCCCCCCUGGGGUAGUUAAUAUUGUUCCUGGAUAUGGCCCCACAGCUGGAGCUGCCAUCUCUCACCAUCCAGAUAUUGACAAAGUCGCUUUCACUGGAUCUACAGAGGUUGGGAAGUUAAUUAAAGAAGCUGCUUCCAAAAGUAAUCUGAAACGCUGCACCUUGGAGCUUGGAGGAAAAAACCCCUGCAUUGUGUUUGCGGAUGCUGACAUGGAUCUCGCUGUGGAAUGCGCUCACCAAGGAGUUUUCUUCAAUCAAGGCCAGUGCUGUACAGCAGCCUCCCGUGUCUUCGUGGAAGAAUCGAUCUAUCCUGAGUUUGUGAGACGAAGUGUGGAAUAUGCCAAACGGCGACACGUCGGCGACCCCUUUGAUUCCAAAACUGAACAGGGUCCUCAGAUUGACCAAGAACAGUUUAACAAGGUUCUGGAGUUUAUACAGAGUGGGAAGGAAGAGGGAGCAAAGCUGGAAUGUGGCGGCUCUGCCAUCGGGGACCGAGGCUUCUUUAUUAAACCCACGGUUUUCUCCGAGGUGUCAGAUGACAUGAGGAUAGCCAAGGAGGAGAUUUUUGGCCCUGUUCAAGCGAUACUAAAAUUCAGAAAUGUGGAGGAAGUGAUAACAAGGGCAAACAACACGGAAUAUGGCCUGACAGCUGCGGUGUUUACCAGGAGCUUGGACAAAGCAAUAAGCGUUGCCUCUGCCCUGCAGUCUGGAACCGUGUGGGUGAACUGUUACAACGCUCUCCACGCACAAACACCUUUCGGAGGAUACAAAAUGUCAGGAAACGGCAGAGAAUUGGGUGAAUAUGCACUUACAGAAUACACAGAAGUUAAAACGGUCACCAUUAAACUUGCACAGAAUAAUCACUGAGAGACUGCAGCUGGCAGAACAGAAAGGGACGAGAGAGAAGACUCGGUACUCUCACUGUGACAGCACAAGAGGCGCAUCCAGCUCAUCUACAGGAGACUUCUUCUUUUUUUGUAUAUUUCUUUUUUAAAAAGCCAGAUUUUUUUACGCUGACCUCAACAUAAUUUUGCAAUUUGUAUUGUAAAUCCAACAAAUAGCCAAUACCGUGAUAAAAUGAUUAACUGUAUAUCUAG